AUGCUCCUGGACGCGGGGCCGCAGUUCCCGGCCAUCGGGGUGGGCAGCUUCGCGCGCCACCAUCACCACUCCGCAGCAGCGGCGGCGGCGGCGGCCGCCGAAAUGCAGGACCGCGAACUGAGCCUGGCGGCGGCGCAGAACGGCUUCGUGGACUCAGCGGCCGCACACAUGGGCGCCUUCAAGCUCAACCCGGGCGCGCACGAGCUGUCUCCGGGCCAGAGCUCGGCGUUCACGUCGCAGGGCCCUGGCGCCUACCCUGGCUCCGCUGCGGCAGCUGCCGCUGCUGCCGCACUCGGGCCCCAUGCCGCGCACGUCGGCUCCUACUCUGGGCCGCCCUUCAACUCCACGCGGGACUUCUUGUUCCGUAGCCGCGGUUUCGGGGACUCGGCACCGGGCGGCGGGCAGCACGGGCUGUUCGGGCCGGGAGCAGGCGGCCUGCACCACGCGCACUCAGACGCGCAGGGCCACCUCCUCUUCCCUGGCCUCCCUGAGCAGCACGGGCCGCACGGCUCACAGAAUGUGCUCAACGGGCAAAUGCGCCUCGGGCUGCCCGGCGAGGUGUUCGGGCGAUCGGAGCAGUACCGCCAGGUGGCCAGCCCGCGGACCGACCCCUACUCGGCGGCGCAGCUCCACAACCAGUACGGCCCAAUGAAUAUGAACAUGGGUAUGAACAUGGCAGCAGCCGCGGCCCACCAUCACCACCACCACCACCACCCUGGUGCCUUUUUCCGCUACAUGCGGCAGCAGUGCAUCAAGCAGGAGCUCAUUUGCAAAUGGAUCGACCCCGAGCAGCUGAGCAACCCGAAGAAGAGCUGCAACAAAACUUUUAGCACCAUGCACGAGCUGGUGACCCACGUCUCCGUGGAGCACGUCGGCGGCCCAGAGCAAAGCAACCACGUCUGCUUCUGGGAGGAGUGUCCGCGCGAGGGCAAGCCCUUCAAGGCCAAAUACAAACUGGUCAAUCACAUCCGCGUGCACACAGGCGAGAAACCCUUCCCUUGCCCCUUCCCGGGCUGCGGCAAGGUCUUCGCGCGCUCGGAGAACCUUAAGAUACACAAAAGGACCCACACAGGGGAGAAGCCGUUCCAGUGUGAGUUUGAGGGCUGUGACCGGCGCUUCGCCAACAGCAGCGACAGGAAGAAGCACAUGCAUGUCCACACCUCCGAUAAGCCCUAUCUGUGCAAGAUGUGCGACAAGUCGUACACGCACCCCAGUUCACUGCGGAAACACAUGAAGGUCCAUGAGUCCUCCCCGCAGGGCUCUGAGUCCUCUCCAGCUGCCAGCUCCGGCUACGAGUCAUCCACGCCUCCAGGGCUAGUGUCCCCCAGCACUGAGCCCCAGAGCAGCUCCAACCUCUCCCCGGCGGCGGCAGCUGCAGCGGCGGCUGCGGGCCACAGCGGCCUCUCCUCCAACUUCAAUGAAUGGUACGUGUGA